AAAACGCCUUCCAAAAAUCGCAGCGCUCUUGCCCCCUAUGCACCGACUCGCUCACCUACCUCCUCAUCUUCCUACUCCCUCCCCUCCUCCGACGCGUCACUCUCCCGCGAGCGCCGCGACCGGCGGAGCGAUGGGGAGCGACGGCGGCGGCGCCGAGGCGGCGGAGGUCGAGGGGCUGGUGUCGGAGGCGAUGAAGCGGUGCCAGGCGAGGGGGGAGGCGCCGGCCGCGUGGUCGGCGGAGGUGGCCAGGUGCGUCGUCUCGCGGGGGCUGGAGCUGCCGAGCGCCGAGCUGGGGCAGGCCGUCGUCGCUCGCCUCUCCUCCGGCUUCGGCGAGCCCUCCCUCUGGAAGUUCCUCGACCACGCCAUGGCCUCCCGCCUCAUCUCCUCCCUCCACGCCCUCUGUCUCCUCACUCCCAGGGUCCUCUCCUGUCGGCAGGCUCAACCAGAGGCAUACAGACUCUAUCUUGACCUCUUAGCUAGAUAUACAUUUUCCCCUGAAGAUUUUCCCUCAAAGGCUUCCAGAGAUAAGAUUGUAAGAGCUAUCGAUGCCGAUCUUCAGUUCUCCCGAAUUUACGGGAUCAAUGUCAGGGAGCUUGGCCAUACAUUAGUGAUUUUCUUCUUCAACGCUAUAGUUAGUUUGAUAGAUAGCACUAUGGAUGAUUGGGGAUUACAAAUUGCAUCUAUGGGUGGACUGUGUGGCUCAUUUGAAAGCAUGGAGCACCAUCAAAGGAAUGUAGGUAUAAGAGGCAGUGAAGAUAACAAGAGAAGUGGACACCGUGAAUACAUAAGGAACAUGAAUUCACUUAUUGCCAUGGAGGUGUUAGAGAACCUAACACGAAGCAGGAAGGCUUUAGCUUUACUUCGCCUCAUUCACAUGAAUAUGCCUGAUAAAUUCAAUGGGCUACUUCAGAGGCUGCAGUUUCUUGAAACCUACAAAUUACCAUCACCAAAUUUAAUAUCUGCAAAGGAGGUUCUGGCAAGAUUGUCUUCCAAUAUCCACAAAGUUUUGGCUUUUGAAUCUGAUUUGAAGAGGAGUUUCAUUGGGAUGUUUCUUAACAUCAGAUCGAUCAAGAGUGUACCCUACUCUGACUCUGGAUCUGCACUGUCUGCAUGUUGGGCACCUUUUGAUAUUUACGUGGAGACUGCAAUGGAUGGAAGACUACUUCCUGUAACUUCAGCAAGUGCCAUACUUACAGAAUUAAUAUUUUCUCUCCAAGCCUUAAAUCGGGCAAGUUGGCAGGACACAUUCUUAGCUCUCUGGCUUUCUGCUCUUCGGCUUGUGCAAAGAGAACGCGAUCCUCCUGAAGGUCCUGUUCCGCAUCUGGAGGCACGUCUUUGCAUCCUUCUGUGUAUUGUCCCCUUGGCAAUCACUGGUGUUCUGAUGAAUGAUGUUGAUUUGAGUUCCACCUCCUCUUGUGAUCUGUCUGCGUCUAUUCUUUCGGAUCCAGGGCAUGGACACAAGAUAGAUGAGAAAGUCCACGGUUUAAUGAGAAAUGGGCUCAUAUCCUCCCUUCAGUUGCUGGGACAAUUUUCUGGUCUCUUGCACCCGCCAGAACUAGUGCAAGAUGCAGCCAACAGUGCAGCUGCAAAAGCAGCAAAUGCUUCUUCUAAACAAAUGAGGGGGAAUGAUAGCAUUGGUGUAGGGGAUCAUGAUGUUUUGGUGAAAUGUGGUGGUAAUAUGAGGCACUUAAUAGUGGAAGCUUGCAUUGCAAGAAGACUAGUGGACACAUCUGCAUAUUUCUGGCCCGGUUAUGUGCUCACUUCUGUAUUGUCAAUCCCUGAUUCAUCAAUGAAAGAAAUGUCUCCUUGGUCGGUGUUUAUGGAAGGCGGUGCACUAACUGCCUCUCUUGUAAGUUCACUAGUUGCAACUCCAGCUACCAGUUUAGCAGAGACAGAAAAAUUAUAUAAUGUUGCGUUGAAUGGGUCAAAUGAGGAGAAAUCAGCAGCUGCAACAAUUAUGUGCGGUGCAUCUCUCAGUCGUGGAUGGAACAUUCAGGAACACGUGGUGAAAUUUGUGGUCAAGCUUCUCUCUCCUCCUGUGCCUUCAGGUCAUAACGGACCACAUUCUCAUUUCGUGGAUUACAUGCCCAUGCUAAGUGCUCUUCUAUUUGGAGCUUCCUCAAUUGAUACUGUUCAUAUACUUUCUUUGCAUGGGGUGGUUCCUGAAGUUGCUGCAGCUUUGAUGCCCCUUUGUGAGCUAUAUGGUUCACUAAAUCCCUUGUCAAGCAGUGGAUCUCGAACCAGCGAGGAGCCCUCAGUCUACAUGGUUUUCUCUGCUGCAUUUCUCUUUCUUCUCCGUCUAUGGAAAUUCUAUAAGCCACCGGUUGAAAUAGGAGCUAUUGGAGCUGACCUAACUUUGGAGUUUCUCAUGCUUUUGCACAACAGCCGCAAAUCAUUAGCAUCACAUGAUUCUUCUCCUCAGAAUGAAGUGAACUCCAGUAUGAAUCAGACAUUUUCUAUGUCAGAUGAACCCGAAUACAUUGAUAACUAUCCGAGAUUACGAGCUUGGUAUUGUCAAAACAAAAUUUGUAUAGCUUCUCCACUUUCCGGCCUCUGUAGUGGCAGUCCUGUCCAUCAGGUUGCAAACAAAAUUCUUAGCAUGAUUUACUCGAAAAUGACUAGAAGUACCUCCUCAUCUGGUAAUUCUUCAACGACACCACCAAACAGCGGCUUGGGUGGGUCCCCAACAUCUGCUGGAGAGGAACCUCAUCAGAGACCUGUGCUUUGUGCAUGGGAAGUGUUGGAAGCUAUUCCUUUUGUCCUGGAAGCAAUUUUAAGUGCCUGCACCUAUGGGAGGCUUUCGUCCCGGGACCUGACCACAGGUCUGAGGGACCUUAUUGACUUUCUACCGGCAUCGCUAGCCACUAUUAUUAGCUAUUUCUCUGCAGAAGUCACCCGUGGUAUUUGGGGGCCAGUUCCAAUGAAUGGAAUUGACUGGCCUAGUCCAACGCAAGCUAUUCAAUCAGUUGAAUCCGAGAUAAAAGAAAUCCUUGCAGCUGCAGGUGUUAAUACACCAAGUUAUCCCCCUGGUGUCGAGCCAAUGCUUCCACUUCCGAUGGCAGCUCUGGUUAGUUUAACCAUCACUUUUAAACUUGACAAGAGCCUCGAGUACAUCCUUGCUGUUGCUGGACCCGCUAUGGAGGAUUGCGCAUCAUACUGCCCUUGGCCCAGCAUGCCCAUAAUUGGUUCUCUGUGGGCGCAAAAAGUUCGACGGUGGCAUAACUUCAUUGUUGUGUCAUGUUCUCGUUCUGUUUUCCGACAGAACAAAGAAGCCCUUGCCCAGCUCAUUCGAAGUUGCUUCACAUCGUUUCUAGGACCACUCGAUGAUUUAAACCGUCUAUUGACUAAUCAACCUUGUUUGAAUGGGCUGCUGGGCAACAAGAUUUCAGCCCUUGGUGUUCCUCCUUCCAUAGCUCCGGGAUUUCUUUUUCUACGCUCUAGUAGGUUCAUCCAAGACAAAGAAUACCUGAGUGACACUAUCAUAAAGCUAGUGGUUGAAUAUGGUUCCAAAUUAGCCACCCGAUGCCCUGAGACAAGUUCUGCCCGUUUGAAAUCUGGUCAGGCAUCCUUGUCCCUUGCGUCUGCCCGGAUAAAGGAAGUGGGUUUGUUAGGUGCCAGCUUGUUAUGCUCGGCGGGCGGGUUGUAUUCUGCCCAAGAAUUGUUGCGGGAGACCAUUCCGACCUGGCUCCUCACAACUCGGGAAGAGACACACGGAGAGGGAGGUUCUGUAUCCCGCAUGUUUGAGGGAUAUGCAUUGGCAUAUUUAGUGUACUUGACAGGCACAUUCGCAUGCGGCAUUAGGGCGAGGGCGGCCCCGUGGGCGUAUUCCCGGAGACCUCAGAUCAUCGGAAUGCACAUGGACUUUCUGGCGGGGGUGUUGGGGGGUAACAUGUCCAUCGGCUGCGGUCCCGUCAUGUGGAAGGCUUACGUCUCUUGUUUGGUGGGUCUCGUCGUGAGCUUUGCGCCGGCGUGGGUUCGAGAAGUGAAGCACGAGACGCUGGCGAGAUUGGCCCGCGGGUUGUGGGGAUGGCACGAGUGCGAGCUGGCCCUCUCUCUUCUCGAAAGAGGUGGCUUUGCGACCAUGGGGCCUCUGGCCGAGUUUUUCAGUGUAAUGGACUGAGGCGCUCCCUAAUUUAUUGAAAGGUUGAUCCGAGAGUUGUGAA